CCAAAUUUGCUUUUUUGCUAAUCGGUUCUGAGCUAAUAAAACAAGGCAAAAGUUGGUGCCAAUUUUUGGCUCUAAAUAUCCACUGUCGUGUCCUUUCGGGAUAGUUUGUUGCGUCCGUGGUACAGGUCUACCCAUUCGGUCUCCAUCGCAAGCUCUGCUAUGACUCGGCUAAUACGCGAAGCUCCGGCCCGGGCCAACAUUGAACUGGGCGACGUAACGCACCACAAUCUGAAGCAGUUGAAGAAAAUCAACACGGUAGUGCUGCCGGUAUCGUACAAUGAUAAAUUCUAUCUGGACGUGUUAGAAUCGGGCGAGCUGGCUAAGCUGGCGUACUACAACGAUGUUGUGGUCGGUGCCGUCUGCUCCCGUAUUGAUACCUCGGAAAAUAUGCGCCGAUUGUACAUCAUGACGCUCGGUUGUCUCUAUCCGUACCGGAGGCUAGGCAUCGGCACCGUGAUGGUACAGCACAUUCUGAACUGCGUCGAGCGGGACGGCAACUUCGACAGCAUAUUCCUGCACGUGAAGGUAGACAACAAGGGUGCGAUCGAGUUCUACAAACGGUUUGGGUUUGAAAUAGUGGAAACGAAACAGCACUAUUACAAACGGAUCGAACCGGCGGAUGCACACGUGCUGCAGAAAACGCUUACGAAAAAGGCAGCAGUGGCGGCCGCGGCAGCCAACAGCAAUCCCUCGCACCAUCACAGCACGGAAUCGGACGAACACCAUCUGCAGGUGGCUAAUGGAGAUAGUCACGAAGUACCGGGAGCUGGUGAAGCUGCCCAGGAAGCACCGGCCAACGUGAACGUUAACAAUCAUUCGAGCAUUCAAAACUCGACCUCGCAACAAACGCCGCAAGCCGCGGAAAAGAACCGAUAAACCGUCAGGAGCCCUCGAGCAACAUUUGCGCGAUCCCGUCUACGAGAGAGAACAAAACAAAAAGCCGUGUCCUACAACGAGCCACCGCAAGCAGCAAAUACGAUACGGAUGGGGUUUGCGUCGUCGGUGGGAAAUAUCGUUCUGCACAGCCCCUUUUUCGUGUGGGUGGGUGGCAGCACCAUGAAAUGCCCUUUCGCGCGCUGGUCGACCGAUGAUGAGUUGUCCCGCUGUUCCGGAUAGCGGAAUCGUUCUAUUUGUUAAAUUGUACAUCCUAUGAUUAUGAACAUUGCUUCUGGGAUCGACGAAUCAUCUCCUCUCCUGCAUCCCAAUCCAACCAUUCGUCUUGUUACAUUGUAUUUUGUGUUUCUUCUACCCUGUCUGUUCGUUUUCCGUGUUGAAAGUUGUGCAAAUAUUGUGAGCGAAAUAUGUGUUCUUAGUCUGAUAAACGGCCCGCCCAUCCCAAAUUGUUUGUGUUUCUGUUGUAGCAUCUC